GAUGCCACCCGGAAGAAAACCAUCAGGCUAGCUGCCGUUUAAUAUCAAUGAGCGUACAGGAGAGGGGAAAGCUAAGCUAACGUUAAUAUCGGCAGUAUAUAGUAGCUAGCUAAAACGGAGCCAGAGGAUAACGUUACCUCUUAGCCAGGAUGAUGCUCAAAACAACAUGGUAGUAACCUCCACCUGUAGCUGGCAAGCAAGAACAUCUGGUCAGAUUUAAGAGAACUGCUGCAUAUUUCCGAGUCAACAUUUAGCACUUCGGCAUUGUAUUUGCUCCUAAGCAUGGACCCAUAACUUCCUCAGUGAUCAGGGUUCACAGUUCUACUCUUCCUUCAGUUGCUGUGUGACGAACUGUCAGGAGGAGUUACAGCUGUUACUGCGUGUCGCCGUACAAGCCUGUGAAGCUUCGUCAAGAUGUUUUCAGCGCUUAAGAAGCUGGUGGGAUCUGAGCCAGGGCAGCUCAGGGACAAGAACAUCCCAGCUGGCCUGCAGUCCAUGAACCAAAGUCUGCAGAGGCGCUUCGCCAAAGGGGUCCAGUAUAACAUUGUAAAGGGUUUUCUGACAGACUUUCCCUCCCAAGUGAAAAUAGUCAUCCGGGGAGAUAGAAACACCGGGAAGAGUACUUUAUGGCAUCGACUGCAGGGCAAGAAGUUUGUGGAGGAGUACCUGCCCACUCAGGAGAUCCAAGCAACAAGUAUCCAUUGGAAUUACAAAACUACUGAUGAUGUGGUCAAAGUAGAGGUGUGGGACGUGGUAGACAAAGGCCAAAAAUAUCCUCUUCCUGAAGGUGUAGGCAAAGGCAAAAGGCGUGGAGACAAUUUAAAACUGGAGAAUGAGCCCCAAGAGUCAGAUGAGGUGGCCCUGGAUGCCGAGUUCCUGGAUGUGUACAAGAACUGUAACGGAGUCAUCAUGAUGUUCGACAUUACCAAGCAGUGGACUUUUAACUACAUCCUGAGGGAGCUUCCGAAAGUACCCACCCAUGUGCCGGUAUGCGUGCUGGGGAACCACAGGGACAUGGGCGAGCAUCGCGUCAUCCUCCCCGAUGAUAUAAGAGACCUGAUUGCUGGACUUAACAGGCCAAUGGGAUCAUCUUACAUCCACUAUGCUGAGUCCUCAAUGAAGAAUGGCUUUGGCUUGAAAUAUCUGCACAGGUUUUUCAACAUCCCCUUCCUGCAGCUACAGAGAGAGACACUCCUGAGGCAGCUGGAAACCAACCAGCUGGACAUGGAUGCAACCUUGGAGGAGCUCUGUGUCCAGCAGGAGACUGAAGAUCAAAACUAUGAGAUUUUCUUGGAGAACUUGGAGUCUCGCAGUAAGGGCUAUGGCUCUCCUGGUCCAGCCAACGGUCAGAGUCCCUCCUCAGGCUCCCAGUCCCCCAUCGUCCCUCCCAGUGGGGCAUCCACAGGCAGCUCCAGCCCCAGCACCCCUCAGCCCCCCAUUCCCUCUCAGGCACUUCCACAAUCCCCAUCUGUUUCCGCCUGCGCUCCUCCAGCCCCCUCGACGGUGGUCAGCGUGGCAGCUUCACCUACAGUUGAGUCAAAGCCAUCGGCCCAGUCGCCCGAACACCUUCAGCCCUCAGCUGUUUCUGGGGCGCCUCCCUCUCAGAAACGCAGCUUCAUCUCCCGUUUGUUUGGUUCAACUUCUGCUACUGAUGCUCCUGCUCCUGGACCAGAGGAUCCGCCUGCACCAGUGUGUCCUGCUAAGGUUCAGAGCGUAGAUGAUUUUGUGCCAGAUGAGAGACUGGAUAAAAGCUUCCUGGAGGACAGCCUGCCCUCCAAGACCAAGGUGCCUCAGCCUGCACCAGCUCCGGCUGUGGACAGUGACAGUGAUGGUGAAGGCAGAGGAAACCCCAUGGUGUCUCGUUUCCAGGACGAGCUCGAUCCUGAUGACACUGAACCCAGCCUUCCCCAACCUAAGACCCUGCCCCCCAGCAAAGCUAUCACUCUGACCAGUGACGAGGAGGAGGGAGUACCAGCAGCCCCCACUGUCACACACGACCAAGACCUGGACAGUGAAUCUGAGCUGAAAGCACCUGUGAUCCACAUCACAAAACCAAAGGUGGCAUCUAAAGUGCCAGAGGCCAGAGGCCAGACACCCAUCUCCCUCACUCUGACUCCAGCAACAGAGCAGCCGGCCCGACACCAAGGCAAGAAGAAGGGAAUUGCACCCAAAGCAGAAGAUUCGGAUACAGACCCUGAGGCCCCUGUAGCCCAGCAGAUGCUCUCGUUUGUCAUGGAUGACCCCGACUUUGAGUCUGAAGCAUCAGACACACCAAAAAUAGCGAAGGACUCAUUUCCAGUCAGAGAUGAGCUUCUGUCCGACCUCUCUGACGAUGACCUGCAGUUAGCCAAGGUGCCAGAACCUCUGAAGCCCACUGUGAUCUCCUUCAAACACAAGGACGACACCGACCUGUUCGGCCUCGGCAUCCAGGACGAGGCUCCCGCAGCCAAAGACAGCAGUGAGGAACAGGAAGAGAAAGAAAGCAAACACUCCUCCAAAGAAAAGAAGAAAAAGAAGAAGAAAAGCAAAGAGGAGGAUGAAAAGAGCAAGAAGAAACACAAACACAAGAAAAAGGAGAAAGAUGAAGCUGCAGCAGUGGAUGAGAAAAAGAAAAAGAAAACCCGGACCAAGAAAACAGAAGUGGACGAGUUGGAGGACUUCCUGGGUGGAGGAGCAGGUUUGGUCAAAAGAGAUGACGGUGAUUAUGAAGAACUAUAAAAGCUCCUGUUUUCUGAGGAAAUGGAGCCACAGAACAGCAGUGAGGAGUGUGGUCGUUCAGAAAAACCUCUUGGUUCCUUGACUUGUAUGUGCAUAAAGCAGCAUCUCCAAGCCAUACGCAAUACACAAGGCUACCGAUGACACCCAGGUAAAAUAUCCAAGACACUCUGGUACCUGUAUGUUCCUUCUGAUUGAUUUCCCCAUCUGCACUACUGCUGUCACUUUCAUUCCAACCUUUAAGAAACAGCGAGGAGACCCACAUGUACUGUAGUGAGUUGUGACAUUCAAAAUUGAUGAUUGGUGUACCCACAAAUUGGCUCUUUGUAAUUUCAAAUGAUUGACUAUGUUGGCUUAAUUCUCGAUUUGAUUUGAGACAGUCUGCAAGUGAUCCACUCCCAAUCCGCUGCUGUAAAUACGGUUACCAUUUUGUCUGAAUGUUUGUUUGUUGGUGUAAUAAUGGAGAGCAUGCUAAACGUGAUGACUCACUUCUGAGAGACUCCAUAAAUGUCCUGUCCUGUCUUUUCUUCUUUGUUUUCUUAAAUGGUUGAUGGCAGAUUUAGUCUUAAGAAGAAUUAUUAAGAAGAAUUUAAGUGAGUUGAUUUAAGGAUUUUUCCCAUGACAUCCCCCCUUUUCACCCUUGAAGUAUGUCCAAGCUGAGCCGGUUAAAUUUGCAAAGUUAAAGGAGCAGUGUGGAGGAUUUAGUGGAAUCUUGCGGUAAAGUUGCACAUUACCACCAACUGAAUACAGCUUCCAAAAGUGUAGGAGAAAGGCCAGUGCCCCUAUAUAAAGCCAGUGUUUGGUUCGUCCUUUCUGGGCUACUGUAAAAACAUGACGGACUCCAUUAAAGGCGACCCAAAGCUGUAGAUAAAAUGUCACAUUCUAAUCAAAACACAAUGAUUCUUAUUUUUAGGUGAUUAUACACUAAUGAAAACAUACCUAUGAAUAUUAUAUUCCAUUUCUGACAAUAGAUCCUCCUAAAUGUUACACACUGGACCCUUUUAGGGGAAUGGUUUCUCCUCUAACUUUCUCUGUAAUCACUUAUUCAGUAUGGCUGAUCACACGUUGAUGACAGAGGACAGAACAGAGGUAUAACCGGCUGAGACUCAGUAACUGGACCAUGUCUGUCAAAGUGGUCAUAUCCUAGGUUAUUGUGCAGCCCCUCUGUUGAUGAUGUAUCCGAUUACUAUGGGUCUGCUCAGAACUGGUGGAAAUACAGGCUUGUUUGCUGGAUAGCACCGAGGUCCAAAGAAUCUUUAAUAGAACUUGUUUAAGAACCAGGACUUGGUUUGGUUUUGGUGGGAAAGGGGCCUCCUGGAAAUGAAACAUCGCGAAUGUUCAGCCUUGCUGAGUGAAUUAAGAAUGGUCGCUUGUGAAGGGUAAGAGUGAGCUCAGAGUUUAGUUUGAUAAAGAUACGUUUGCUACUACUUCCUACUUCAUGACAUGAGAGAGGGAGCGAUUGUGUAUUCCUCAGGGCUCACUGUGUGUAGUACGUUCAGUGAGUGAGCGAAUUGGUUGAUACCAGGAGGGACUGUCUAACAGUGAAGUGGACGCAUCGUUAUCACAGCUUUUUAAAAAUUAGCCGGCUCAGUGUGGAUGUAGUCUUGUUGUGACACCAUCGAUACAUAAGAUAGAUGUCUCCACUUCCUCCCAUGUAUGAAAAUACAUACAAAUUGUGCUAGUGAUAUCAUUCAGAGUCGUGAUCGGAAUUGCUGCCGUGGUAUCAAAGUCCCGCCCAUACGCCUGGCUGACUCAAUCGCGAGCAGGGCUCAGCUGUCAAUCAUGAUGUAAAAGCCCCUUUCUAUAGCAUCAAAUGACUCAUUCAAACCAAAUUGAUCUGAAAAAUGAACACUUGAACAUACAUCAGCGUGAUAAGAACUACAUAAAAUGACUGACGCCAUCUUUGGAAGCAAUUUAUUUAACGUGAACUUUUGUACGUGCACUACCUGGAGGCAGUGAACAUUAUGACCUCUACUGCAGUCAGCCACCAGAGGGCAAUAGGAAUCUUUUGGCUCUACUUCUGGAUAUAUAUGUGGAUGUGUAAGACAACAGCCACUAAAGCCACUUCGGCAGCGAACAAGUCAUCACUGGAGAUUUUCUGAUUGUGAUCUAAAUAGCUGUUACUUUCCUCCCCCAUUAGCAAUCUAACGAUGACUUUAACGGCCACCUUCCUCUGCUUCAGCCUGCGGGCUGCGUACAAAUUCUGUGUUUUCUGCAAUUGCCUUAAUGGAGGUUAUUACAAGGGAAUGACAUGCCGCUAUCCUCAUGAACCAUUUUUAAGUGUUCUUACUGUAAAGUGUUAGGUAGCUGGGUUGGGUUCAGAAUGUUGUCCUAGCCUUUAAUUGGUGAAACAGAAUCUAUACCAUCCUUAAAGCCUGUUAUAAGAUUGCAGUGACUCCGUGCAUUUGUUUUUGUUUUUGUUUUUGUUUGAUUCUCAAUAGACAGCAUCCUUAUAUAGCAAAUUGUAGGAUUUUUUGAAUAUUUCUCUGUAAGUAACAUUUCUGAGAUUUUCCUCAUUGUUUUAGCCUUGUGUUAUUUAUUGCUUCUGUUUUGGUUUUCUCGCAAAAUGUCAGGAUUUUGUUUGUGAUUUUUGUGCUGAAACUGUCUCAUGACACUCGAUGCAGCUUUUUAUGGGUUACAGUCGUUGGUAUUCCCUAACUUUCUCCUGUAAUACAUCCUCCAACCGUUUACUUCCACUGCUUUUAAGGACGUGUGUGGUGAUAUGAACUGCUACACUUUUCACACUUUAUUUCUUUUGUCCAAUGCCUCAGAUUUGCCUGCUUAUGAUAGACGGAGACCACAUGCAUCUUCCAUCCCCAAAAUGUUUCAAACGAGUGAAACAUUCUUGCAUCUAAGACCAACAAUGUGUUUUUUUUAGACAGAUUUCAUACAGUUUCCAUCUCCCAUACACACUAGUUGCUGGUUUACAAAGAAAUUAUGUUUGAUAUUCCAAAGUUGAAACUAUGCAGCAUUGAUCCUGAUUACUGUAUGCUCUUUUUCUGUCUUUGUCAUGUGAUUGAGGAUAAAUGCUGAAAGCACAGUUUCAAGCAAAGCAUGAGACUUAAAUGUACAGCAAGAAAAGAAUGUAUAAAGUAUAUAAAUAAAUCUAUAUAUCUGAAGAGUUUUGUUCCAAAAAUGAUACAUACAGCAUGUGGAAACAAUAUGUUGACAGGACAGAUCCAGUAGGGGGAAUUACUCUAAAAUAAUCCUGUAAGUACAGUUCUGAGAAUCCAUGUGCACACACUAAUAUAUUUAAGAUAUUUUUCCCAAAUGGAUGUGUGAAAUUUUGGAAUGAAACCUUUCAUUUAUUUUUCACCCCAUGACAUGUUCCAUCUUUACACUGUGAGUUUGCCUAUGUUUGGUUUGUCCAAUAAAUGCAAACUUAUUUCUUCAUAAA